UACUUAUCUGCAGUAUUCUGGCAGUAUUUCUAUUUCUGAAAUCCUUUCUAUAGAGAGAAACAUCGAAAAGCGCGAUUAUUUGCAUUUCCGCCUUACGACGUUCCGGAGUAUACUUAGAUGCAGUUUGCUUUUACGACCCGUUCUUUCGGGCCGCGGCUAUAAAGUUGCCGUUCCAUAUCACUUACAAGUGAUUGCAAAGUGAUUGUACGUAGCUGGUGAUAUAAAAGGAUCUCGUUGUUGUAACCUUCGAUACCCCCAUCUCUCUCUCCCUCAUGAGUCGACCAAGCGUAAGUGUUGCAAAAUAAUCCUUCUCGCGGUCACCUUACCCGUCAGUCCAGCCAUUACACGCUUCAGCCAAUCGUCCAGAUACCAUGAUGGCCUUUCAUGCUUUCGAUGGUCGCGCGGGGAGGCAAUUUCGUUCGUCUGAACGGGAAGCGCAUUCACAAGUCCCAGACGACGAACGUCGCGAAUUGGUGACAGCAAGAGUGAAUUUACCUACGCGUCCACCUCCUAUCUCUUUCCAGGACUUUCUACCAGCGUCUCUAAUCGCGCCUCCAAUACCCCCCAAUGAAAGCGUAUCUCCCAGAGCGCCCAAAAUUCCCCAAUCAACUCAGGACUACACACCACCACCCCGUUCACUCUUCGCACAGCUCGCGCGCAAGGCUACACCACCCAAAGUGAAAGAAUUCAUGAAUAGCUUCCGCAGUUCCAAGAGCCGUGAUGAACCAUCCAAACCGGAUCCUGUUGCUGUAGCAUUGAUGUGGGCCGAAACAGCAUCCACUUCCAAAUCAUCACUAUCAGACACCUCUUCGUCGAACUUUUCUCACGGAAUAGCACACGACCCAAAUCAUAAACACAAGUCGAGUGCCGGGCAAACGAACUCGCGGUCAGAUAGCGUCGAGGACGUAAGGGAGUGGAGUCGCAACAAAACACCUCGCAGCAGCAUAAAAGCACCUCCGAUACGAACCGUUAGGUUCAAAGAAGAAGAAGAGUUUAUACCUACCCCGCCCUGGACGCCUUCAUUGAGCACUUGGUCACUCAACAGCACAGAUUCUGUUGAUAGAUCGAGUACAAACGAUGAUGACUCUGACUCUCGACCCAAUGAAACAUUAGCAUUGGCUGCGAUAGAACGCGCUCCAGUUGCCCAUGCUCGCCGCGACAAACCCGAGCUGCAUAUCAUUCCUCUACAUUCGAACGUGAUGGAUCGAAUAUCUCUAUAAUCUUGCCGGUCCACAUUAUUGGCGUGUGUAAAUCUCGAUGGUGAUUUAGGAACGGACGGUCGUGAGUAUUACUAUAAGGCAAGCGCUGAAUUUCCGGACCCACAGAAGAUAACCUCGAAAGCACCGAGGAAAUACCGAAAAUUCUGUCCACCCUUACAUAAGUAUUUGAUUGUAUGUGUAUAAUAUUGUAAUGGUGACGGUACCGAC